GUUAUUUUAAUAUGUAAUCAACGUAAUAUUAUUGAGAUAUUUUACAUUUUUUUAUUAAGUCAUCAAAAUCUGGUAUGCAUUCUAUGCUACAGCACAUCUCAAUUCACUCUAGCCACAUUUCAAGUGCUUAAUAAUUACAUGUGACCGGUGGCUACGGUAUUGGAUAAUGCAGUUUACAGGGGCCAACUCCAGUAUCAGAAAACAGGGCAAAGCAGGGUAGAUUUGGAGUUCAGAGGCAAUAAUUUGAUAAUUGGCAUAGGAUUAUAGUAAUUAUGUGGCCACAUAAUGGAAUCGUACAUAUAAUUAAAAGCGAUAUUCUAAAAAUUGAAGGAAUUUUGGGAAAAGCCUUAUGUUGUGUCGCAUAGCAGCAUGCAGAAUUGUGUGUAAAUAGAAUAGCAAUUUUAUAACAACAGCGACAGCAGAACUACAAACAGAAACCUAUGUAUUGAAAAAGAUAGAAAGGAAAUAUACCAAAUUAUUAACAAUGGUUAUUUUGGGGGGUGAUAGUGGGCUGUUUGGUUUCUUCUUCCUACGUUCAUGUAUUUUCAAAUCCUCUUUAAUGAACACACAGUUCACAUGAAUGCAUGCUCUCAUGGCACAGAGGGGUCCUUUAUAACUCCAGGAAGUGGUGCUUGUUGGGGGUCCAGACCUUUGGGCCUCAGGUUGGUCACAAUUUGAGAGGGAAAUGGGUACCCUGGAGAGUGGAAUCGAUUCCAGCAAGUGCAUGAGCCUGGGUGUGUAAUGUGCAAAGCUUUUGCCUUCUAAGUUUGAAAGGUCAUGACCAGGAGUCUUCAAGGUGGCAGAAAACCUAGUCUCUCUGAAUUUAUGGCAUAAAAGAAGGUGGUUUAUUCAGUUUCUAUUAAAAGCUGCUUGCUAAUGGCUGUGAUCAAAAUACUUGGCACUGUUCAUUUCCUUUCUUCCUUUCGGGGAUUGGGGAUUAAAUUGGAAUUGAUUUAUUUUGCCUCUUCUAUGUAAAGCAUUUUAUUCCCUCUGCUCUGUCAUAAAAAGUAGAAGUUCUUUUUUUUUUUUUUUUAAUUUUCUUCAGGGAAACUGAAGAUGGGAAUGUUUUUGAUCUUCCUUUGUGCUGUAUUUGUGUAUAUAUUUUGCAGGAAGGUCUGCUAACACAGCUAGAAGACCGCUUGUCCAUUUUGUGGGGUUCUCGUGUUUUGAUUCUGCUAGCCUACUUCAACUUUAUACUAGUUUGGCCUUUCCUAAAGUCCAUGAGACCAGUCUCAAAUUAGACUAUAAAAAAUUUUUAAAGACAAAUAUUUGAGCUUAUUAUAUACUAGAUACUGAUCUAAGUACUUGUCAUGAAUUAACUCAUCUAAUCCUCAUAAUAACCCUAUAAUAAAUAAGAAUGGUUGGUUUUUCCCCAUUUCAUAUGCAGGAAACUAAUGCACGGAGGUUUGGCAACUUGCUGAAGGUCACGUAGCCAGUAAGAAGACGAGGCAGAAUUCAAAUUGACACAGUCUGUCUCAGUAGUCUGUGCCCUUACAAAUUAACCUGUGCAUUGGUUCUCAAAUUUUAGCAUGCAUGACAUUCUACUGGAGGGCUUAUUGAAAUACAGAUUGUUGGGCCCUGCCUCCAAGGUUUCUGAUUCAGGGGUGGGGCCAAGCACUGGCGUUUCUAAUAAAUUCCCAGGUAGUGGUGAUACUGCUGAUCCAGGGAUUACACUUUGAAAAUAUUGAGCUGUGCAUGGAAGCCCUGGUGAGGCUGAUCCUUAUGGCCACAGGUGACAGUGCUUGCUAGGUGGCUCCUCCCCACCCCAAGGCCCACUGCCCUUCAUGGCGGUGGUUGGGGGCGGGGAACAGCUGGACUGUUGCAGCCCUGACUCUUAACUGCAAGGGUCAGACUGCUUUGGACUCUGGCCUGGCCAUUUUCCUGCUGCUCUCAGAGUAAGGGGCCUUUCUUUACUUGAUGUACUUCUUUAAAAAUAACAUCUUCAUUGAGAGAUAAUGCACAUACUAUACAGUUUACUCCAUUUAAAAUGUAUAGUUCAGUGAUUUUUAGUAUAUUCAGAGUUGUACCACCAUCACUACAACUUAACAUUAUUUUCAUCACCCCAAGAAGAGACUCCAUACCCAUUAGCAGUCACUCCCAUUUCCCCUCCAACAACCCCAGCCCUAGACACACUUGAUGAACUUUUAUCAUUCAUUUGUAGUACUUCGUGGUCCAAUCUCAAAGAAUAAUAUGACCCUGUGGGACUUAUACUUGUAAGACAGAGCUUUGAACUCAUGCCCCUAAAAGCUUUGCUUUGUGUCCAGAUCUUGUGAGAAUUUGCCUGGUCUACUAGGUGGUUCCUCUUUUUCCAAGAACUUACAUGAGGUAGUUAAGGGUCCUGAAUAUAUUCUGGGAUGUGGGAUCUGAUGCUGGCACUUUGGAGCAGUCUGUGAAAGGGGUAUGAUUAUCUUUUUUCCUUUUAAACCUGACAGUUAGGGAAGCAUUCCACAUUUAGUAAUCAUCUACUCUGAGGAAGGCACGGUGUCUGCUGUUGGAAAUAUAGGAAGAUAAACAAGACGUGGUCUCACCCCCAAGGAAUUUAAAGUCUAGUGGGAAAGACCAACAUGCAUAGAAAGAGCUGCUGACACAAGGCGGAAUGUGGUCAGGGCUCCAGGAGAGAUGUGCACUGGGUGCGUGGAGAAGGGGGCGUGUGAGCCGGACCUUGAAAAAUGGGUGUCAUUGCAGCAGAUGAAGAUGACAAAAAGCUGUGGGCUGAGGUUUACAGCAUCCAGAAGUGGGAAAAUGCAGAGCUGGUAUCCUAGCAGUGAGAUGGCAUGGUGUCCCUGAGAACAAGAAGAGUUUAAAAGAAGGUGAAGGCAGUAAGUCAGGUUGGGCUUAUGUUGCAGAGGACAUGGAGUGCCACGCUAAGGAGUGUGGAUCGUGUUCCCCAGAUGGUGGGAAAGUCAGCAGCGUGUGGACCAGACUGGGGAAUGGCAGUGUGAGAGCUGUAUUCUAGGAUGUCUCUUCUAUAGAAAUUUUUGUCUCAUGAAGUCAGCAAGAGCAUUUUGGCAUCUUUUUUCCCCCCUAAGCUACCCAAGGUCUCCAACUUAUAAAUCUCUCCCAAGUGAAGCCGGUCUGUCUUUCUGUCUGUAUCCUGUGCCAUUUUAUGUCCCCAUCCUUCCUAACUCACUCCCUCCUCUAAAUUAUUGCUGUCCUGCUCUCUGUGAUCUUUCUAGUGUAGUCUCAGAUUCACAUCAUGGGGGGGAACGUGGGCCACGACAACUCUUGAGUCCCCUCCAGAACCCACAGGGGUGCUGUCACAGUGCUCGGCUGAAGGUCCCCCACUCCACACCCCACACACUCUGUGCUUAACCAAAUGGGGUGGGGGAUUUGUAGCAAUGGAGGAGAGGAGGCUGUUGCUUUUGGCGUCCUGCAAACCAUACGAUGUAAGCAGCUGCUGAGCAGAACCGGGCUCUGAUCCCAACCCCGCCAUGCUUCUCUCGUGCGCUGUUCUGCCAGGGCCCGCCUGUGUCUGCUCGUAGCGUUCUCAACCUGUACAUUUAGAUUCGGGCUGCCACUUUUUAUUGUUUUAAACAUGAGAGUCCUUAAUACAUGAGGAAGGUGAGUCCUUAAUACAUGAGGAAGUGAGUCCUUAAUACAUGAAGAAGAGAUGUAAUGCAAAAAGAGGGAAAAUUUUCCUGUUCAACAUUUUACAACUUUUUUUUUGGGGUCAACUGUUGUGAGGUUUAGACCCUGGGGACCUGAUUCUGAGAGAUUUCCUCUCAUGGAAGCGUUCACUCCGCUAACCUGAGUUUGAACGUAAUCUUAGUCAUCUCCCCACCACAGAACAUUUUGCUCUGUGUCGGGAUUUCGUUGCCCUAUGUAGCAACGAGCAUGACCGUCACUGGGCAUUUGUUUAAGAGUGUCUCUAAACCACAGGAGCCUUCUGUCAUGCCUGUAUCGGCGCUUUGCACCACGAGCCUUUGCUGCCUGUCUCCACUGCCCUCCCGGUGGCCUCUGCACCUUGGUGGCCUCUCACUGUGGCACACACCUGUAAAGGGACCCUGGGGAGCUUCGUUAAGGCUGAACUGUCAAAGCCUCUCUCCCCGGCUUGUGUUUCAGGCUCUUGGAGCGUGGUCAACGGUGCGGAAACGUGCCCCACGGGGAGAUCAAAGCUUUAGUGGCCAGACUGAUGGCAUUCACUGCUCUGCUUAAUUAAAACCAGGCCUGUGUGCGUGGCAGUAUGAUUAGGGGCAGUUACAAAAAAAGGUGAUGGUGGUUGGUUCCUGGCAUUCCGUCCCUCGGUCCACAUGAAGCUAGUGUUUAAGGAACCACUUGCCUGCCUCGCUCACUCACGACAUGAGUGUGUUUCCAUGCACAUCCCAGACACACGCAUGCAUCCAUGUGUCCGUUCAGUGAUCCGUCAUAUCAUUUGCUGUUACCUGUCUCAGCAGUUGAAUAAAUCAAAAAAAAUAUAGAAUCUGAGUGCAUGAAGGGACAUGUAGAUCAUCUGGUCCCAUCCCACAGAGAUGAGAAACUGAGGCCAGAGGGAUCGUCUGAGAGCUGGUUAGGAGCAGAGCCUACAUUUCAUGCCACUUCUCUAGCACCAGCUUAGAGCCAUAUUGUAAGUGACAGAUACAGGCUCGUUUUUUAUAUUGUCAUUCAUUUUGUUCCAUAUAUGUUUAUCGAUCACCUCUAUGUGUCAAAGUAUUUGAUUUUUAUUUCUGGUCUCCCAUUCAUCUGGCUUCUUUCCACCUUGCACUCCAUAGGACAAUUAAACUCUGCAUUCCCUGUGCUAGUUAUAGCUCUCCAACUUUCUUUCUGAUACCAAACAGCAGUUUUGAAUACCUACCAUGUCAGGCACUGUGCUAACAUUUCCCUCAGUUACUAAUAAAAACUACCAUUAUAUUGAGCCCUUAUUAAUGUUAGAUGCUGUACAGAUGCUAUCUCAUUUAGCCUCCAGGAAAGUAUUUCUAGUGGACUUAAGUCUCACAACAUGCCAUUCAUAUUUUCACAGUUCAGGGCUUCAACCUUGAGCAGGGCGCCCAAGAUACUCAGUAACUAGUGGAGCUGCCUUUCUACUCCUGUCUCUUAUUAAAGCACAUGCUUUUCUCAUAGGUUGCCCUGGUAAGCUAUGAGGAGGCAAGACAAGUCAUCCCUGUGGUCCUCUGUCUCCUCUCUCUGUCCUUUGCUUUCUUGAAAAGAACACUCCACCCUGUUUUUUUUUUUGGGGGUGGGGGCGGUGUAGGAGUCUGCUGUUACUCUAUUUCCUUGUAUAGAGAUGUAGUCUCUCUCAAGCUAAACUCGGCUCACAGGCUGGUCCACUGAUUGCAGAAUAGCCUGGCUGAUGUCUGGCUUCCUUGCACCGGCCUGCUCUGCGUGCAGGUGUGCUGCCUCGUGGACAUGUCUUCACCCUCCUCAGGCAUCAGAGGAGCCUCAUCUAGCUAAAUUGCUAGUUACUGGAGAAUGAAGAUGGUGUCGUCUUGAUGGUAGCACGCUCAUCAGAGCCAAGGCUAACCCCUGGCCUGCAUGCAAACGCAAUACAUGUAUGUUAAAUUGAAUUCAUCUCAGUGACGGGUGAGAGGGGGGUGAUUUAAACCAGUUCAUUUCUCAUUUUCCACAGAGGCCAGCUCACCUUUGCUGGAGAGGAUUCUUGAAUCUUUCUCUGUGGCAGGAACUCCUAAGUUAAUCAAGUCUUCUCAAGAGCUUCAGGCUGAAAGCCAAGAUCCCUCAGUAUGAAUUUAAAGCCAAGAACAUCAAGAAGAAGAAAGUGAGCAUUAUGGUUUCAGUGGAUGGUGUGAAAGUGAUUCUGAAGAAGAAGAAAAAGCUUCUUUUAUUGCAGAAAAAGGAGUGGACGUGGGAUGAGAGCAAGAUGCUGGUGAUGCAGGACCCCAUCUACAGGAUCUUCUACGUCUCUCAUGAUUCCCAAGACUUGAAGAUCUUCAGCUAUAUCGCUCGAGAUGGUGCCAGCAAUAUCUUCAGGUGUAACGUCUUUAAAUCCAAGAAGAAGAGCCAAGCUAUGCGGAUCGUCCGGACGGUGGGGCAGGCCUUUGAAGUCUGCCACAAGCUGAGCCUGCAGCACACGCAGCAGAACGCAGAUGGCCAGGAAGACGGGGAGAGUGAGAGGAACAGCGACAGCUCAGGGGACCCAGGCCGCCAGCUCACUGGAGCCGAGAGGGCCUCCACAGCCACCGCGGAGGAGACUGACAUCGAUGCAGUGGAGGUCCCGCUCCCAGGGAACGAUGUCCUGGAAUUCAGCCGAGGUGUGACUGACCUGGAUGCCGUAGGGAAGGAAGGAGGCUCCCACACGGGCUCCAAGGUCCCGCCGCACCCCCAGGAGCCCAUGCUCACAGCCUCGCCCCGGAUGCUGCUGCCCUCUUCGUCCUCAAAGCCACCGGGCCUGGACGUGGGGACGCCGCUGUCCACCCACCACCAGAUGCAGCUCCUCCAGCAGCUCCUGCAGCAGCAGCAGCAGCAGACACAAGUGGCUGUGGCCCAGGUUCACUUGCUGAAGGACCAGUUGGCUGCUGAGGCCGCAGCACGGCUGGAGGCCCAGGCUCGCGUGCACCAGCUUCUGCUGCAGAACAAGGACAUGCUCCAGCACAUCUCGCUGCUGGUCAAGCAGGUGCAGGAGCUGGAGCUGAAGCUGUCGGGACAGAAUGCCAUGGGCUCCCAGGACAGCUUGCUGGAGAUCACCUUCCGCUCAGGAGCCCUGCCCGUGCUCUGUGACCCCACGACCCCUAAGCCGGAGGACCUGCACUCGCCGCCCCUGGGCGCGGGCUUGGCUGACUUCGCCCACCCGGCGGGCAGCCCCUUAGUUGACCACAGCAUGUUCGAGAACGUGAACGCAGCCCUCACUCCGAAGCUCCAGGCCAGCCGCUCCUUCCCCCACUUGUCCAGGGCUGCGGCCCCCGGCCCUGCCACCCUGGGCUCCGUGGAGCCUGGUGGGCCGGGACUCUGGGCGGGGAGCAGCCAGCACCUCAAGAACUUGGGCAAAGCCAUGGGGGCCAGAGUUAACGACUUCCUGCGGAGAAAGGAGCCCUCGAGCCUGGGCAGCGUGGGUGUGACGGAGAUCAACAAGACCGCAGGGGCCCAGCUGGCCAGUGGGGUGGACGUGGCCUCAGGGGGGGCCUGGCCGGAGGACGAGAGGUCAGUCCUGCAAGAAGCGUUCCCUCGGCUGGAUCCUCCACCUCCCAUAACUAGAAAGCGAACCCCUCGGGCCCUGAAGACCACGCAGGACAUGCUGAUUUCAUCACAGCCUGUCCUAAGCAGUCUGGACUGUGGGACAGAGCUGUCACCUGGGCAGCCGCAGGACUGCCCUCCCACUGCCCAACCUGUCCCAGCAGACGCUGCGCAGCCAGAGGCCACCAUGGAGAUGGGGGAGAGGCGUGAGGCUCUGCCCAAUGGAGAGGUGUCCUUGUCAGUGCCUGACCUCAUCCACAAGGACAGCCAGGAUGAAGCCAAGCUGAAGAUGACUGAGCACAGAAGGGCCUCCUCCCCCGGCCUCAUCGAGAGGAAUGGCCUCAAACUCAGCUUGAGCCCCGUCAACCUGGCCGAGUCCUGGGAGGACGGCCGCCCCCCUUCCCAGGCACGGACCUCCAGCCCCGACAAUGAGGGCCCUCACCCAGACCUGCUGUCCUUUGAGUAGCGCUCUCCUCUUCCCUGCCGAGCUCCGCCCCUCUCCUCCUCCGCCUUCUCCUCCCCUGUGCACGUGGCCCUCACCCAGGGCCGCCAUGCCCUUUGUCUUCCUUGAGGCACCAGCAGAGAGAGCCAGUCCUCCCGCGUGGGGUUUUGCAGGGCUGGAAGUGCACGAGUAGUCCUGUCCAGAGAGUCUGUCUGCAGAAUGGCAAAGGACUCAGUGCCAACCCUGAGCCUGAUUUUCUGUCGGCUUUUCUCAGCGUUGGCUGUGGCCCUUGGACAUUGGAGCACUUCUACUCCUGAGCUUGUCCUGGCUUCCCCCUGGCUGGCAGGGCCACCAGCCCAGGGUGAUGGGGCUUGCGGGAAUCCUCUGUGCUUGUCUCCCAUAUGCUGGCUACUCCCCUACUCCUCCCCCCACCACCCUCCACGCCCGCCCGGAUUCCUUCCCUGCCUGCCUUGAUGGGCCCAGAGGCCCCUGCCCCAGGGGGAAUAGGCUGGAUGAGGAAUGAUGGGUUUGGUUUGAUGAUGGACCGUGGCCCGGAGAGCCGCACACCCUGACCGCAGCCCGGCCACAGCUCCUCCUGGUCCCAAGACAGCUCUGGCCCCUGGUCACCGUCUUUCCUCUGCCCUGGAGUGGGCGCCCAACAGGAUGCUUCCCAGGCCAGACCUUGAGAGUUCACCCUGACGCUCAGGGUUCCCGAGGUUUCCCCCCAUCUGGUAGAUGUAGGAUACAAAAUGAAAUCCCUCUGCCUGCCUGGGAGUGGCACCUGGGGAAACGAGGUGACCGGCUGCGCCUGGGCUCCCCGAUAGAAGGAAAGAUCAGGCUCGAGCGGGCUCCGCAGAGGCAGCAGGGCAUGUUCUGAUCCUGUUUCGUGGGGAGGCCCAGGAACUUGAGGGUGGUGUCGACAUUCAGGCAUGGUUCCCAGAAAACCCAGAGCAGAGCAGUGGAGAAGGGUGUGAAGACAGGACAGAGAAGAGCAGUCACUGGGGAUUGGAGCAGCUUUUUAGGGGCCACCCUGCAGCCAGAGCGGUGCAGUUCCAGGGCCUGGGUGCGGUAAGUGUGCAAGCCGAGCGACGACGCAGGCGAGAGGCUGGAAUGUGGUGAGAGCUGUGGAGGUUGUGUAGUUUUAAUGAAGCGAAAGUGCUCUGUGCUUGUGCUGGGGUCGCCUGGGCCUCCUGCAGCCCCGGGGCUCCCUGGAGCAGGCUGUGCAGCAGUCCGGUUCCUGCGGCCUCCCCUUUUCGGUUCAUUGUUUGGCUUCCCGCCCAUGAACUCUGAGACAUCCAGGGCUCACUUCCCAGUUCGUCUCAUCCACCAGGCCCCCGCCUCCCUCCCCACUACCUCUGCCGUAAAGACGUCCACGCUGACUCCUAAGAACUGGGCGCCUCAGUGGUCCCCUAGGAUGUGGCGCCUCCUGCAUUCUGGCUUCUGCAGCUGUGCAGCCUCGCCACAGCCCUCCCAUGCCCUGCCCUCUGCCCUGUAAGUGAGGCUUCACCACAAAGCGGAGUCUCCCCUCCCUCCCCCCUGCAGGCCCUGCUGGAGUGGGCAGGGCUGUUAUUACACAUAGAUCCCGCCUUACUCCCAGGAUCUGGCAUCUGACCCUGAUGUCAGAGAGUUGUUCUUGAGACUAGCAUUUGGGGUCCUGCGAGUUUUCCCAGAAUGGUUGGGAUAUCACACAAAACACACAGAGCUGGGCAUGAGGGUAGAGGCUCCAAACACACAUCCUGGGAGCAAGCCCAGUUUCAAGUGAGCUUUCCAUGCCAGAAGCAAGGUUUGUUCUUCAGACAGGAAGCUUAGCAGGCACCUGUGGGGUGGGGCUGCUGCUCCCCCAGAGACCAGAGUGGCUCUGGCCAGGUGACAUGGUAGCUACAGGUACAGAUGUUGCAGGUCCAGGCUGGCUUGAGUACCUUGUCUCCCCUCUACAGCCAGACCUGGGAUAAGCAAAGGGAUCCCAGCAGGUAGUCAGUCCCAGGACCAUUGCCAGUGAGCCCAGAGUUCUUCAGACUCGUGUCUGAUGCUGAGUAAGGCGCCAUGGGACCCGCUCCAAUUGCUAGUUGCAUACAACUCAGCCAUCCUGCUGCAGGGGCUGAUGCUGCUACCUCCGGAGGCUGAGUCUGACGUCUGGUCUCAGAUGCUGCAGAAAUUGCCCGGUGCUCGGGGCUAAGUGCUCCUCAAAGCCCAGCAGGAACAGCUACUACUACUCCUGCUGAGGGCCUUGGCUCAGAACAACAACUCCAUUGAAAGCCCACCUGGUUUCCAUGUCCAUCUCAACAGCUAACCUUCCCGGGGUUGCAGCAUGGCAGCCCCUCGCCCAAUCCCUCCUGGUGAGUCCAGCUUCUCUGGGCACUUGACCUCCACGUAGCCCAGUCCCUGAGAGGACAGGCUAACAAGGAGCGAAGGACUUAUCUUCUGUGUCCACUGAAGGAAGUUGGGACCACAGGGUCUUUUGUGUCUCCGUUAAUCCCCAACCUCACCGUAACCCUCCCUUCAGCACACAGUUUUAUCCUUAUAGAUUACACGGUGAGCUUCCAGAACCCGGCAGGAGGAGGGUGUAUCCCCUCACAUGCAAGGAAACGUAUCUGUGGAUGUUGUGCAUGUGGUAUGGAAGACACACAUGUAUGUAGCCCUUCAACCCUUAAAGAACAAGAAAGUUGGCCCUGGUUUGGAGGAGGAGGAAGAUUACAGAUCUAUCUUGAGGAUUAUCUAGAGAGAGAAUAUUUAUAUUUUUAGUAAUUUUCUGGUAGAAGGAAAUUGCACAAUAAAAUGGUUUGAUUUUCUGG